AUGAAGAGCAGCUGGGGAUUAGCGACCUUCGAUGCGCAAAUACAAAUUUUAACAGCCUACACUAACGAGGGCAAAACAUUAGCUAAGGUAUACGCAGUUAUAAUGUACAGUUCCACAUUCAUGUAUAUGACUUUGCCCGUCAUGCCGUCCAUCGUGGCGUCCUUCACGAGCGCGAAUCAAACGCAAAUUCACGGUUUGCUAUAUAACGUGGAGGCUAUCCUCGACACGGAGAAAUAUUAUUACUUCAUCUUACUGCAUUCCUAUUACACCACCUUCUUUCUGAUGACUAUCCCGAUAGCAGCGGACUCCAUGCUGAUAGCUUACGUGCAACACGCUUGCGGUCUUUUCCAAGCGAUAGGAUAUCAGCUGGAAAAUGUGAAACGGAAUGGUGACCUCGAUAUUAAUAUUUGCCCACUGCACGAAGACGACGAGCAUUAUCACAAGAUUAGCGACAGCGCUGCGAAGCACAAAGAAGUUUUACAGUAG